AUGGAGCGGCGCUGGCCCGCGGGGCUCGGGCUGCUGCUCCUGCUGCUCCUGCCCUGCGCCCUGUGGCCCCCGGGGGCGCGCGCCGAGGAAGUUACUCUGAUGGAUACCAGCACCGCACAGGGGGAGCUGGGCUGGCUGCUGGACCCCCCAGAGGAUGGGUGGAGCGAGGUGCAGCAGAUGCUCAAAGGGACGCCACUGUACAUGUACCAGGACUGCCCGCUAGAAGACAGUGGAGACACGGACCACUGGCUGCGCUCCAACUGGAUCUACCGGGGCGAGGAGGCGGCGCGUGUGCACGUGGAGCUGCAGUUCACCGUGCGUGAUUGCAAGAGCUUCCCACGCGGCGUGGGACCCGCGGGCUGCAAGGAGACCUUCAACCUGCUCUAUAUGGAGAGCGACCAGGAUGUGGGCAUUCAGCUCCGGCGGCCCCUGUUCCAGAAGGUCACCACCGUGGCUGCAGACCAGAGCUUCACCAUCCGCGACCUGGCAUCUGGUGCCGUCAAGCUCAACGUGGAGCGCUGCUCACUGGGCCGCCUGGAGCGCCGUGGCCUCUACCUGGCCUUCCAGAACCCUGGGGCCUGUGUGGCCCUGGUGUCCGUGCGGGUCUUCUACCAGCGCUGCCCCGAGACUGUACACGGCCUGGCUCACUUCGCCGGCAUGCUCCCGGGCCCUGGUGGGCUGGCAGAAGUGGUGGGAACCUGUGUGCCCCACGCCCAGGCUGGCCCCUUGGGCGUACCCCGCCUGCACUGCAGCCCAGACGGAGAGUGGCUGGUGCCCGUGGGGCAGUGCUACUGUGAGCCUGGCUUCGAGGAGGGCCCUAGCGGUGCGGGCUGUGUAGCCUGCCCCCAAGACUCCUACCGUGCUGACACAGACACCCCCAGCUGCAUCGCAUGUCCCCAGCACAGCUCGGCUGCCUUGGAGGGGGCCACCGUCUGCACCUGUGACAGCGGCCACUACCGAGCCUCUGGGGAGGGCCCCCAGGUGGCCUGCACACGUCCCCCCUCAGCCCCCCGAGACCUGAGCUUCUCUGUGUCCGGGACUCAGCUCUCCCUGCACUGGGAACCCCCAGCAGACACAGGGGGACGCCAGGAUGUCAUGUACAAUGUGGGAUGCUCCCGGUGUCCGGGGACGGGCCCAGAUGAGGGCCCCUGCCAGCCCUGUGGAAGUGGCGUGCGCUUCUCCCCAGGGGCCAGCGGGCUCCCCCAGCCAGCUGUGCACAUUGACGGCCUUGAGCCCUACGCCAACUACACCUUUGAGGUCGGUGCCCAGAACGGGGUAUCAGGGCUGGGCCAUUCCGGGCCUGCCAGUGCCACGCUCAGUGUCAACAUGGGGCAUGCAGAGCCACUGGCAGGCCUGUCCCUGCAGCUGGUGAAGAAAGCACCACGCCAGCUGGAGCUGGCCUGGUCAGGGGCCCAGCCUCGAAGUCCUGGGGGCAACCUCACCUAUGAGCUACACGUGCUGAACCAGGAUGAAGAGCGGCACCAGACAGUUCUGGAGCCCAGGGUCUUGCUGACCGAGCUGCAGCCGGACACCACAUACAUCGUUAGAGUGCGCAUGGUGACCUCGCAGGGCCCUGGGCCCUUCUCCCCCGACCACGAAUUCCGGACCAGCCCACCAGCUUCCAGGGGCCUGACAGGAGGGGAGAUCAUGGCCAUCGUCUUCGGGCUGCUGCUGUGCACGGCGCUGCUCCUCGGGACCCUCAUCUUCCGGUCCAGGAGAGGGCAGCAGAGGCGGCAGCAGAGGCAGCGUGAACGCGUCACCGGUGUAGACCGAGAGGACAAGCUCUGGCUGAAGCCAUAUGUGGACCUCCAGGCAUAUGAGGACCCUGCCCAAGUUGCUCUCGACUUCACCCAGGAGCUCGACCCCACUGGGCUGGUCGUGGAUACUGUCAUCGGGGAAGGAGAGUUUGGGGAAGUCUACCGAGGCUCCCUUCGGCUCCCCAGCCAGGACUGCAGGACAGUGGCCAUCAAGACCUUGAAGGACACAUCCCCUGACGGCCAAUGGUGGAACUUCCUCCGGGAGGCAACGAUCAUGGGCCAGUUCAAGCACCCACACGUCCUGCGGCUGGAAGGCGUAGUCACCAAGAGAAAGCCCAUCAUGAUCAUUACGGAGUUCAUGGACAAUGGAGCCCUGGACGCCUUCCUGAGGGAGCGGGAGGACCAGCUGACCCCCGGGCAGCUGACAGACAUGCUACGGGGCAUAGCAUCUGGCAUGAGCUACCUCAGUGACCACAACUACGUCCACCGGGACCUGGCUGCCAGGAACAUCCUGGUGAGCCAGAACCUGUGCUGCAAGGUGUCGGACUUUGGCCUGGCGCGCCUCCUGGACAACUUUGACGGCACCUACGAAACCCAGGGAGGGAAGAUCCCCAUCCGCUGGACGGCCCCCGAAGCCAUUGCCCACCGGACCUUCACCACCGCCAGCGACGUGUGGAGCUUUGGGAUUGUCAUGUGGGAGGUGCUGAGCUUUGGGGACAAGCCCUACGGGGACAUGAGCAAUCAGGAGGUGAUGAAGAGCAUCGAGGAUGGGUACCGGCUGCCCCCACCCGUGGACUGCCCAGCCCCACUGUACGAGCUCAUGAAAAGCUGCUGGGCCUAUGACCGGGGCCGUCGGCCCCCCUUCCACCAGCUCCACGCCCACCUGGAGCAGCUGCUAGCCAACCCCCACUCACUGCGCACUAUCGCCAACUUUGACCCCAGGGUGACCCUCCGCCUGCCCAGCCUGAGUGGCUCGGACGGGAUCCCGUAUCGCAGCGUGGCGGAGUGGCUGGAGUCGAUUCGUAUGAAGCGCUACAUCCUACACUUCCGCUCCGCUGGACUAGACACCAUGGAGUGCGUGCUGGAGCUGACAGCUGAGGACCUGACACAGAUGGGCAUCACGCUGCCCGGGCACCAGAAGCGCAUCCUUUGCAGUAUUCAGGGAUUCAAAGACUGAGCCGUCUCCUUGCUCAAGGAGCCAGGAUUCCUCCGCAGCGCACCCCACCCCCGCCGGGCUGGUCGGGCCUCUGGUGCUGCACUCACCCCCGUGGCCCACUGGGCCAGGCCUGGGGAAGGGGAGGAGUCAAGGGUGAUGUGGAGGGCCGGGGUUUAAUAUAUGAACACACAUAUCUAUUUUUGUAAAUAAACAGGACUGAGUUCUC